UUCAUCGAGUAGCUUAAGAAACUUCCUCCGAAUCGGCUCUCCUAAAUUCUAAAAUUGAGCAAGUUUUAUUUGAAAACUUAUUUUUGUUUUGCAGUCGUAGUGAAUAAUUUGUUUUAGAAGAAAAAUAUGAACACGAUGUUUACAACAAUCGCAGUGUCGAUCAUCGCUGCGUUGAUUUUGAUGACAGACCCAAUUAGUGCCCACUUAUAUCGCCAAUUCAGACCAGUAAGAAGACCGGUGAUCAUUUCGAACUUUCCAAAGAUAAUUUACCCGAAUACACCCGGCGUCAUGUUGCCUGGACAACAGGUCAUUCCAAAAACACAUAUGAUUCCCCAGGUUCCCGCCAUUCCUCAGAUUCCCGCCAUUCCAUCCCAGCAGCAGAUCGUAACCCCAGUGACAGGGGAGUUCUGGCAGGUACAGCCUAAUAUGGUACGGAGAGUUCCUGCUUCAGCAUCACAAUGCCGAACAAGUCGUGGCUGUGCCUCUGGUGAAGAGUGUGUAUUCGCUGAGCAGUGGCAAUGCCCAGACUGGAUCCCAAACCUGAAUUGCCAGUGUCGACAGGGUUGUCGCCACCAGAACACUUUUAUACCGUUCGGGCAGACAGUGAUCGUGGACAAAUGCGGAAACAAAUGUUCGUGUUUCAGCGUUUAUGGCGCCCCAGAGUGUUCCUUUGAGAGUUGUUAAACACGCGGUUACCCAGGAGACCCGUAAACUUUCGACGGAUGAAAAACUUCGCCUGUAAAUAUACAUGCUAAGGCUUGCCGGACAAGUCUUUUCUCAGAAAGUUGCUGAACACAGGAAUACCCUGACUAAUCUUACGCCGAUAGGUGAUGUUCUCGGAGGGGUUGCUGGACAACUUUUACAUCCGGACAACGGUGCUGAAUAGUGAUGUUAAAAUAUGCAUUAACUUGCUGGACAAGUUUUCUAUAUAAACGAUCUAUUCGAUUUUAUUCCUUCUAGUCUAAAGAGCGAGGGUAGAAAAGAGUGAUAACCGAGUUUAUACCCGAGUCUUUCUCUCAAGUAGUGCUGAUUUGUGUUGUGUAACUGUCUGAUAAUGAAUUGAUAUAUAUAAUAAACUCAUAUUUAUACCAAUAUCAACAAGUGAUUCUAACUAAAAACUUUAAAAUGUGUAAGAGUGUAUGAGUGCAAUAUACUUUGAGAGCAUGUAAUUGAAAUCUACAAAAUGAAAAGUUAAGAAUAGAAUGAUUGAAAAAUGUACAUGUGUGUCUCUAUCAUGUUUGCUAUGGACACUUUUCGUUAAAUAUCUUAAGUAAAUGAAUGUUCUUAGAUGCAAAUAUAACUGAAAAACCUUAAGGUUUUUAAAUGAAUAUUUGAAAUUUACUUCUUUUUGUAGUCUACAAAUAAACUUGAUUUGUCUGAGAGCCGCUAUAACUUACAAGGAAUGUGUGACGUAUGAUAAACCCUUUUUAAUAAUAUUCCAUUAGCACGUUCGUUAGUCUGAGUUAAUUAACAAGGUUCUGACCUGGAUUGUGUUGUGAUGUUCUGUUUCUAUUUUUAGACGUAUCAUUCCUUAUUGUUCACCCCAUUGUCUUAAUGUUAUUGUUUAUAUUGUUUUCUACUUUUAAUAAAAUAAUUUAUUGAUUAUUUU